AUGGUGUGGGGAGUGGAGGUAGGUGUGAUGCAUCCACGCAAUCGCUAUGCUCGGCGACGAGAGCGUGACGUGGAUUGGUCGGACGAAGAAGCCAAGCGCGUGUACACCGAAUCGGUGCUGCGACGCGACUUUGGCGUGACGUGUGCGCUGGCGCGCGAUCGACUUUGUCCUGCGCUGCCCAACCGACUGAACUACAUCCACUGGCUCGAAGAUAUCCUGCAGGCGUCCGGGACGCGCUCGCACGUCGCCGGUCUGGACAUUGGCACGGGGCACGCGGCCAUCUUUGCUGUGCUAUUGUGUGCGAUGCAUCCCGACUGGCACAUGACGGGCACCGACACGGACGCCUCCGCCCUCGUCCUAGCGCAGGCCAUGCUUCGCGAUCCGGCGAACCAAGCGUGGUCGAGACGCUUGACGUUACGGCAUACGCCCCAAGAUACCCUGCUGCCACAGGACAUGGAUGCGUGCUUCACGAUAUGCAAUCCACCGUUUUAUGCAUCGGCAGAGGAGCGAGAGCGCCUGCGCGAGGCCAAGGCAUCCUACCAGAAGCCCUGCACAGCGCACGACGCCGAGCUCUACACACCCGAGGGCGAAGUUGGAUUCGUCCAGCGUCUUGUGCACGAAAGCACGCAGCAUCGUGAGCGCAUCGCAUGGUACACCACCAUGCUCGGUCGGCAUGCGUCGGUGGGGGCGAUCGUGACGCUGCUCAGGCAGAGGGGGAUAGAGAACUAUGCCCUCACCGAGCUCACGCAAGGUCGAACGCGCCGCUGGGCUCUAGCCUGGUCGUUCCAGCCCCACCGUUUGCCAGAUACCCUGACUCGGCGCGUCGGACCCUCUCUGCAUGCCUACGUGCCCCCCUCGUGCCACCGCACAUGGAACGUGCCGCUCCCGAGUCAGGAUGCACUCGUGGCGCAGCUGCACGCGCUCGAUACGCUGCCGCCCACAGAUACGGACCUCACCGACACCUCGCUGACCGUAUGGACGCUGUGUUGGACACGCACGGCGCGGCGUGCGCGGCAGCGCGGCGCGUCCACCGCCCGCAAGCCGGCGUCGCCCCUGCUGGUCCUGCACCUCGACGUCGAGUCGGACGUGUGCAUCCACGUGUCGUGGACGUAUGGGCUCGAUCGGUGGGCGUUUGACUCCUUAUGCCAGCAUAUUCUACAUCGUCUACGGCCGGUCACCAAACGCGUCGCUACCGCGUAA